CGUAACAUCUGGAUGCCUUUAUGGCUCUCCACGUCCUCUCCCUCCGCGGAUCUGGUCGGAUCCAGUCUGGGUAGAAGCUUCGGACUUCUUGGUGCGAGAUAAUCGGCCGAUGAUGUGAGGUAAUGAGGCGCAGACGCGCGCGGGGGGACAAACUCAGACGCGCUCGUCUCCCGCGACGACAGGUGCGCAACAAGUGAGGACGAGGCGGACAGGAUAAAGGGAGGGAGAGGCGGAAAAAAGAAGGAAGGAGAUAAAGCAGAAACACCUCCUGGGUUUCCCCGCAAUGGACACGGGCCAGAGCGCGCAGGUCGCCGACAUGGGAGGAGAGCACUCCGCUGGGGUGUGCGUCGUGGAGCGGGGGGACCGGGAGAGGACCGAGGUGUCCAGCCCAUGCCCACCGGCCAAGCAGCGUCCCCUGCGGGUGGUGUACGUCCUGAACGACGGGCUGAAGUCGGUGAUGGCCAGCAGCCCGGAGUCCGGAGCGCUGCAGUGUCUGCAGAGAGCCUGCGACUCCGAGAGCGCGCUGCUCACCACCGUCACCUACGGGCGGCUGGACUUUGGAGAGACGUCAGUGCUGGACAGUUUCUACGAUGCAGACAUCGCGGUCGUGGACAUGAGCGAUGUGUUUCGGCAGCCCUCCUUGUUUUACCACCUCGGCGUGAGAGAGAGCUUCGACAUGGCCAACAACGUCAUCCUGUACCACGACACCGACGCGGACACGGCCCAGUCCCUGAAGGACAUGGUGGCACAGAAAAACACAAAGGCCACUCGUCCUCCAGCGUUAGGGUUUCCCUGGGUUCAGUUGCCUCCAGAAUACAGAGGCUCUGGAUUGCGUAAUAAAGCAUCCAGUGGUAGCUACUACUUCAUCCCCUACAUAGUGACUCCGAACCACGAGUACAUGUGCUGCGAGAGUGACGCCCAGCGCAGGGCCAGUGAGUACAUGCAGCCCAGCUGGGACAACCUGCUGGGACCGCUGUGCGUCCCUCUGACCGACCGCUUCACCAGCAUGCUGAAGGACAUCCACGUCACGUCCUGUGCUUCUUUUAAGGACACCCUGCUGAACGACAUCAGGAAGGCCAGGGAGAAGUACCAGGGAGAGGAGCUGGCCAAGGAGCUUUCUCGCAUCAAACUCCGAAUCGACAACACGGAAGUUCUCACCCAGGACAUCGUCAUGAACCUGCUGUUUUCCUACAGAGACAUACAGGACUACGACGCCAUGGUGAAGCUGGUGCAGACUCUGGAGAUGCUGCCCACUUGUGACCUGGCGACGCAGCCCAUGAUCCAGUUCCACUACGCCUUCGCCCUCAACAGGAGGAACAGUCCCGGUGACCGGGAGCAAGCUCUCGGCGUGAUGCUGCAGGUGUUGCAGUCGUGCGAACAUCCAGCGCCGGACAUGUUCUGCCUCUGCGGACGCAUCUACAAGGACAUCUUCCUGGACUCGGACUGCAAGGACAUGAAAAACAGGGACAACGCUAUGCAGUGGUACAGAAAGGGUUUCGAGCUGCAGCCGACGCUCUACUCCGGGAUCAACCUGGCGGUCCUCCUCAUCGUGGCUGGCCAACAGUUUGAGAGCUCCAUUGAACUUAGGAAAAUAGGUGUGAGGUUGAACAGUCUGCUGGGGCGCAAAGGUUCCCUGGAAAAAAUGAUUAACUACUGGGACGUGGGCCAGUUCUUCACCGUUAGCAUGCUGGCUAACGACAUCCCGAAAGCUACGCAGGCGGCCGAGAAGCUCUUCAAACUCAAGCCGCCGCUCUGGUAUCUGCGCUCGGUGGUGCAGAACCUGCAGCUGAUCCUGAGGUUUAAGAAGCAGUCGGUGGAACAUUCUCCACAGCGGGAGAGACUCAACUUCUGGAUGGACAUCAUCGUGGAGGCCACGCAGGGCACCACCAACCGACUGCGGUUUCCGGUGUUGAUUCUGGAGCUGACUAAAGUCUACCAGCCCUCGUAUGUGUCCAUCAACAACGAGGCUGAGGAGAAGAACGUCUCCAUCUGGCAUGUUUCACCUGACGAGACGAAAGGGAUCCACGAGUGGAACUUCACCGCGAUGUCCAUCAAAGGCAUCAGCAUCAGUAAAUUCGAUGAGCGCUGCUGCUUCCUCUACGUCCACGACAACUCGGACGACUUCCAGAUCUACUUCUCCACCGAGGAGCAGUGCGGUCGGUUCUGCUCCAUGGUGAAGGAGAUGAUAUCGGACGGGACGGGGAAUGCCGUGGAGCUGGAGGGGGAAGGGGACGGAGACACGCUGGAGUACGAGUACGACACGGACGAGACCAGGAACAGGGUGGUGCUGGGCCGGGGCACCUAUGGGGUGGUGUACGCCGGGAGAGAUGUCAGCAACCAGGUCCGAAUCGCCAUCAAAGAGAUCCCCGAGAGAGACAGCAGAUACUCCCAGCCCCUCCAUGAAGAGAUCGCCCUGCACAAGUACCUGAAGCACAGGAACAUUGUUCAGUAUCUGGGCUCCGUCUCCGAGAACGGAUACAUCAAGAUCUUCAUGGAACAAGUGCCCGGAGGAAGCCUGUCGGCGCUGCUGCGCUCCAAGUGGGGUCCGCUGAAGGAGGCGACCAUCAUCUUCUACACCCGGCAGAUCCUGGAGGGGCUGCGGUACCUCCACGAGAACCAGAUCGUCCACCGAGACAUCAAGGGUGAUAACGUGCUGGUGAACACCUACAGCGGCGUCCUGAAGAUCUCAGACUUUGGAACCUCCAAGCGCUUAGCGGGAGUCAACCCCUGCACGGAGACCUUCACCGGUACUCUGCAGUACAUGGCUCCAGAAAUCAUCGAUAAGGGCCCUCGAGGCUACGGGGCCCCGGCUGACAUCUGGUCCCUGGGAUGCACCAUUAUAGAAAUGGCCACUGGGAAACCGCCCUUCCACGAGUUGGGAGAACCGCAGGCGGCCAUGUUUAAGGUGGGCAUGUUUAAGAUCCACCCGGAGAUCCCCGAGUCCUUGUCCUUGGAGGCCAAGUCGUUCAUCUUGCGCUGCUUCGAGCCGGACCCCAACAAGAGGGCCAUCACCUCGGACCUCCUCAGAGACACCUUCGUCCGACAGAACGCAAAGGGCAAGAAGAGCAAGAUCGCCUUCAAGCCCUCAGACUACAUCCACAACGUGUCGCUGCCGGUGCAGUUGCAGUGCGAGGCCACCGGGAGCAGCAGUAGCGAGCCUGGUUCCAUGAGCCCGGACUGCGACUCCAAACACGACGUUUUCUUCGUGAAGAAGAAAAAACCCGGCUCCGAGAACCUGCUCAAGCCCGCCAACUCCAACUACCUGAGCGUUCCAGACGAGGGCUCGGUGUCGGAUGACCGCAGUGCACCCCCCUCCCCCGAGGACAGGGACGGCGGUCUGUUCCUGCUGAAGAAGGACAGCGAGCGCCGGGCCAUCCUGUUCAAGGUGCUCAACGACGACCAGGCCAAGGUCAUCUCCAACCUGAAGGAGAACCACAUCCAGGGCAGCGAGGAGCUGCAGCUGUCCGUGGAGCACAUCAAGCAGAUCAUCGGCAUCCUCAGAGACUUCAUCCACUCCCCAGAGCGCCGCGUCAUGGCCGCCACCAUCUCCAAGCUCAAGCUGGACCUGGACUUUGACUCCACCUCCAUCAACCAGAUCCAGCUGGUGCUGUUCGGCUUCCAGGACUCGGUAAACAAAGUCCUGAGGAACCAUCACAUCAAACCUCACUGGAUGUUUGCGAUGGACAACAUCAUCCGCCGAGCGGUGCAGGCGGCCAUCACCAUCCUCAUUCCAGAGCUGCAGACCCACUUCGGCCCGGCGUCCGAGUCCGAGGCCGCGGAGAAGGAGGACGUGGUGGACGAAGAGGAGGCGGAGUCCGGCCCCGUUUUAGCCCCUCAGGCGGACGACGCCGCGGCGCCGGCAGACCCCGCCCACCCCGUGGCCGGCGCGCCAAACCCCGCCCACUCGCCGCAGGAGCCUCAGCGCUCGCACCAUCACCUGCGUGCGCAGCUGGGGCGCCUCAAGCACGAGACCAACAGGCUGCUGGAGGAGCUGCUGCAGAAGGAGAAGGAGUUCCAGCAGGUCCUGAAGGCCACGCUGCAGCAGAGGACACACGACAUGGAGCUGGUCCGAGCCCGGCACAGGCCACUGGACAUUUUACCUCCCUCCAUCUUCAAAAUCCCAGCAGACCACGAACCAGACAAGCAGCUCACCGAUUGGCUGAAGGAGCAGGGGGCGGACGCUGACACCAUCGAUAAGUUUGUGCUGGAGGAGUACACGCUGACCGACGUCCUCGCCGAGGUCGCCAAAGACGACCUCCAAUGUCUACGUCUACGGGGCGGAGUCCUGUGCCGCAUCUGGCGGGCCAUCCAGCGGCACCGAGAGCGAGAGAGGCUGAGGCCCGACGAACGCUCGGAAGACGACGCGUGACGGGAGGAGGACUCUCGAUUGGCUGGAAACACGCACACGUCUGCACACUGCCACGGAUCUCUCUCUCUCUCUCUCUCUCUCUCUCUCUCCGAAGUGCUUUUUUUCACAUCGUAUGUCCUUAAACAGAUCUGACCGGACCAAGUCUCAACGCGUGGAUGAUGAUUGUGCCAAAACACGUUUGCGUUGCUUACGUCUUGAGCGUCGGAGGCCGUUAUCUACAAGGAAGAGGAUUGUAAUCUGUAGACUCAUAUCUCAUAUUCAUGGCCUACUCUAGUUGCCCUUUGGAGCCCCGUAAAGAAACAAGCAGUAAAAGCUUUAUAAAGAAACUAAAAGGUUGAAUCAGGGUUCGUACGGUCAUGGAAAACCUGGAAAAGUCAUAGAGUUUUUGUUAUGGUUAUUUCCAGGCCUGAAAAAGUCCUUGACAUUU